ACACCCGACCGACUCUGACACUUGGAGCUCGAGCGCCUUCCGAGCUGCAGCCGGAGCUGGGGCUCGCUCCCUGGCUUUUAACUCCGGAGGAGGGGAGGCGAGAGUGCCGAGAGAAGAGCCCGGCUCUUGCUCCGUGUCCCGUCCCCCCAGUCCCUGCCCCUGUCCCAGCCGCUGCCGCCGCCACCACCGCCUGCUCCUCCUCCUCCUCCUCGGCAGCGCAGGGAUGCGGCCAGCCGAGCCGCCACCUCCGCCUCUUCGGCAGCCGCAGUAAUGUGGAUUUAUAGUCGCUCCUCUCUAGAGGCUGGCCAGUCCCCGACACCGACCUCGGCACAGGCAGAGGCAUCGGCGCCCCGACCGCUUGCCGGGCUGGGCAGAGGCCGGCGCCGCUGAGCACCUAGCAGCGCAGCCCAAACUUGAUUUCAGACUCGGGAGGUUCAAGGAACCAGCCUUCUCAAGUGCUCCUGAAUCUUAACUCUUUCUUGAUCAAAUCUGUUCUCCGAAUAACACAGGCCUAGAGGACUGCCUGCAUCAAGGUAUUCUGCCUUUCCCUGAAGUUGAGCUUUCUUAAUCAAAGAUGGAGCAAAUGGAUUGUAAGCCCUAUCAGCCUCUGUCCAAAGUCAAGCAUGAGUUGGACCUAGCUUACACUAGCUCUUCUGAUGAAAGUGAAGAAGGAAGGAAACCGGGACAACCCUACAACUCCCGAGAAACUCUGCACGAGUAUAAUCAAGAGCUCCGACUCCACUGUAACAGCCAGAGCAGAAAGAGAAAGGAAGUUGAAAAAUCGAAUCAAGAGAUGGAAUUCUGUGAGACUCCCCACAUUUUAUGCUCGGGCUACCAGACGGACAUGCACGGUGUAUCUCAGCAUGGCUACCAGUUAGAGAUGGGCUCUGAUGUGGAUACCGAGACAGAAGGCGGCACCUCUCCUGAUCAUGCCUUGAGGAUGUGGAUGAGGGGAAUGAAAUCCGAACACAGCUCGUGUUUAUCAAGCCGGGCCAACUCUGCAUUGUCCUUGACUGACACAGACCAUGAAAGGAAGUCUGAUGGAGAGGCUGAUAUGCCAAACAGCCCACACAACCAGUUCACCUUCAGACCCCUCCCGCCGCCGCCGCCACCUCCUCAUGCGUGCACAUGUGCCAGGAAGCCGCCUCCCACGGCGGACUCUCUCCAGAGGAGGUCAAUGACUACUCGAAGCCAGCCCAGUCCAGCGGCACCGACUCCCCCGACCAGUACCCAGGAUUCUGUGCAUCUGCAUAACAGCUGGGUCUUGAAUAGUAACAUCCCACUGGAGACAAGGCAUUUCUUAUUUAAGCAUGGAUCUGGCUCUUCAGCUAUCUUCAGUGCAGCCAGUCAGAAUUACCCUUUGACAUCCAAUACGGUUUACUCUCCACCUCCACGGCCGCUGCCUAGGAGCACAUUUUCUCGACCUGCCUUCACUUUUAACAAGCCUUACAGGUGCUGCAACUGGAAGUGCACAGCCUUGAGUGCCACUGCCAUCACCGUGACCCUGGCUCUACUGCUGGCCUAUGUAAUUGCAGUACAUCUGUUUGGCCUGACCUGGCAAUUGCAGCCAGUUGAAGGACAGCUCUACGAAAAUGGAGUUAGCAAGGGAAACCGAGGGACUGAAUCAAUGGAUGCUACCUACCCACCAAUCGGAGGAAAGGUUUCUGAUAAAACAGAGAAAAAAGUGUUUCAGAAGGGACGCGCUAUAGACACUGGAGAAGUUGACAUUGGAGCCCAAGUCAUGCAGACCAUCCCUCCUGGUUUAUUCUGGCGUUUCCAGAUCAUGAUUCAUCAUCCAAUCUAUCUGAAAUUUAACAUUUCUUUAGCCAAGGACUCUCUGUUGGGAAUUUAUGGAAGAAGAAACAUUCCACCUACCCACACCCAGUUUGAUUUUGUGAAACUGAUGGAUGGCAAACAACUCCAGAAACAAGAUCCCAAGAACUCUGAGGAUUCACAGCAUAGUCCAAGGAACCUGAUCUUAACUUCCCUGCAAGAGACAGGAUUCAUUGAGUACAUGGAUCAAGGGGCUUGGUACCUGGCAUUCUAUAAUGAUGGAAAAAAGAUGGAGCAAGUGUUUGUGUUAACUACUGCAAUUGAAAUAAUGGAUGACUGCUCUACAAAUUGCAAUGGAAAUGGGGAGUGUAUCUCUGGCCACUGUCACUGUUUCCCAGGAUUCCUUGGCCCUGACUGCGCAAGAGAUUCAUGCCCUGUGCUAUGUGGUGGAAAUGGAGAGUAUGAGAAAGGACACUGUGUCUGUCGGAAUGGAUGGAAAGGACCAGAGUGUGAUGUUCCUGAGGAGCAAUGCAUCGACCCGACUUGCUUUGGCCACGGCACCUGCAUCAUGGGAGUCUGCAUCUGUAUGCCAGGAUACAAAGGCGAAGUCUGUGAAGAAGAGGACUGCCUGGAUCCAAUGUGUUCCAGCCAUGGCAUCUGUGUCAAAGGUGAAUGCCACUGCUCCACCGGCUGGGGAGGAGUCAACUGCGAAACUCCUCUUCCUGUAUGUCAAGAGCAGUGUUCAGGACAUGGAACUUUCCUUUUGGAUGCUGGAGUCUGCAGCUGUGAACCCAAGUGGACAGGAUCCGACUGCUCUACAGAGCUCUGCACCAUGGACUGUGGUAGCCAUGGAGUCUGUUCCAGGGGAAUUUGCCAGUGUGAAGAAGGCUGGGUAGGACCCACCUGUGAAGAGCGCACCUGCCCUUCUCAUUGCGCUGAGCAUGGGCACUGCAGAGAUGGGAAGUGUGAGUGCAGCCCAGGAUGGGAAGGAGACCACUGUACUAUUGAUGGUUGCCCAGGGCUGUGUUUUGGAAAUGGGAGAUGUACCCUGGAUCAGAAUGGUUGGCACUGUGUAUGUCAGGUGGGCUGGAGUGGUUCAGGAUGCAACAUUGUCAUGGAAAUGGUUUGUGGAGACAGCUUGGACAAUGACGGAGAUGGUUUGACAGACUGCGUGGACCCUGACUGCUGCCAGCAAAGCAACUGCUACAUCACCCCUCUCUGCCAGGGCUCUCCAGACCCCCUGGACCUUAUUCAGCAAAGCCAGCCCUUGCUCUCCCAGCAUCCUCCGCGACUCUUCUAUGACCGAAUCAAAUUCCUUAUUGGGAAAGACAGCACUCAUGUCAUUCCUGGAGAAGUCUCAUUUGACAGCAGACGUGCCUGUGUGAUUCGAGGUCAGGUUGUGGCUGUGGAUGGAACACCUCUAGUUGGGGUGAACGUCAGCUUCUUAGGCCACAGUGAUUAUGGAUAUACUAUCAGCCGACAAGAUGGAAGCUUUGAUCUUGUGGCCAUUGGCGGGAUUUCAGUCACAUUGGUCUUUGACCGAUCACCAUUCUUGUCUGAGAAAAGGACCCUCUGGCUGCCUUGGAACCAAUUUAUAGUAGUGGAGAAGGUGACCAUGCAGAGAGCUACUGCACCUUCUCCAUCCUGUGACAUCUCUGGCUUGAUGAGUCCAAACCCAAUUGUGCUCCCCUCUCCUCUCACAUCAUUUGGAGGGUCCUGCCCUGAGAGGGGUACUGUUGUUCCAGAGCUCCAGGUUGUACAGGAGGAGAUUCCCAUCCCUUCCAGUUUUGUGAAACUGAGUUACCUGAGCAGCCGAACCCCAGGCUACAAAACCCUGCUCCGAAUUCUGCUGACCCACUCGGCUAUCCCCAUGGGGAUGAUCAGGGUGCACCUCACUGUCACGGUGGAAGGUCGUCUGUUGCAGAAAUGGUUUCCCGCUGCGAUCAAUCUUGUCUACACGUUUGCCUGGAACAAAACCGAUAUCUAUGGGCAGAAGGUUUCGGGCCUGGCAGAGGCAGUAGUAUCAGUGGGAUAUGAGUAUGAAACCUGUCCCAACUUUAUUCUCUGGGAGAGGAGGACAGUUGUUUUACAAGGCUUUGAGAUGGAUUCUUCAAAUCUCGGAGGCUGGUCCUUGAAUAAGCAUCAUGUUCUGAAUCCCCAAAGUGGAAUCGUGCAUAAAGGGAAUGGAGAAAACAUGUUCAUUUCCCAGCAGCCUCCAGUCAUCUCAACCAUCAUGGGAAAUGGACACCAGAGAAGUGUUGCCUGCACCAACUGCAAUGGCCCGGCCCACAAUAAUAAACUUUUUGCUCCAGUUGCCUUAGCAUCUGGCCCCGAUGGCAGUGUUUAUAUCGGAGACUUCAAUUUUGUAAGGAGGAUAUUUCCAUCAGGAAGUUCCAUCAGUAUUUUGGAAUUAAGAAACAGAGAUACCAGACACAGCACAAGUCCUGCUCACAAAUACUACCUAGCUGUGGAUCCAGUGUCUGAAGCCCUUUACCUGUCAGACACAAAUACAAGAAGAGUCUACAGAUUGAGAUCUCUUGGAGAAACCAAAGAUCUGGCUAAGAAUUUUGAUACAGUGGCAGGAACUGGUGAUCAGUGUCUUCCCUUUGACCAGAGUCAUUGUGGAGAUGGAGGGAGAGCAUCAGAAGCUUCACUCAACAGCCCCAGAGGUAUCACCGUUGAUAGGAAUGGUUUCAUUUAUUUUGUGGAUGGGACCAUGAUUCGGAAAAUUGAUCAGAAUUCCGUGAUCACAACCGUGAUUGGCUCAAACGGACUGACAUCCACACAGCCAUUGAGCUGUGACUCGGGAAUGGACAUCACUCAGGUGCGAUUGGAGUGGCCUACAGACCUCGCUGUCAAUCCCAUGGACAACUCUUUGUACAUCUUGGAUAACAACAUUGUCUUGCAAAUUUCUGACAAUAGAAGAGUCCGGAUUGUGGCCGGGAGGCCCAUCCACUGUCAAGUACCGGGAAUAGAUCAUUUCUUAGUCAGCAAGGUGGCGAUCCAUUCAACACUGGAAUCCGCCAGGGCCAUCAGCGUCUCUCACAGUGGCGUCCUCUACAUCGCUGAAACAGACGAGAGGAAAGUGAACCGCAUCCAACAAGUCACAACCAAUGGCGAAAUCUCUCUAGUCGCUGGAGCACCCACAGACUGUGACUGCAAAAUUGAUCCCAACUGUGACUGUUUUUCAGGUGAUGGUGGCUACGCCAAAGAUGCAAAACUGAAAGCCCCGUCUUCAUUAGCGGUUUCCCCCGACGGUACUCUCUAUGUGGCCGACCUGGGGAACAUCCGCAUCCGGGCUAUAAGCAAGAACAAAGCUCACCUGAGUGACAUGAACCUUUAUGAGAUUGCCUCUCCGGCUGACCAGGAACUCUAUCAGUUCACUGUCAAUGGAACCCACCUGUACACACUAAACCUGAUCACCAGGGACUAUGUGUACAAUUUUACCUACAAUAGUGAUGGAGAUUUAGGAGCAAUUAUUAGCAGCAGCGGAAACUCUGUUCACAUUCGACGGGAUGCUGGUGGGAUACCUCUGUGGCUAAUGGUGCCCGGGGGUCAGAUGUACUGGCUAACGAUAAGCAGCAAUGGUGUCCUAAAAAGAGUAUCCGCCCAAGGUUAUAACUUAGCCCUGAUGACCUAUCCAGGAAAUACCGGCCUUCUGGCAACCAAAAGUAAUGAAAAUGGAUGGACGACUGUUUACGAAUAUGAUCUUGAGGGCCAUCUGACCAAUGCCACCUUUCCUACCGGGGAGGUCAGCAACUUCCACAGUGACCUGGAAAAACUGACCAAAGUGGAGCUGGACACUUCCAACCGAGAAAACGUCAUCACAGCCACCAACUUUACAGCCACUAGUACCAUUUACGUUUUAAAACACGACAACACCCAGAGCACCUAUAGAGUGAGCCCAGAUGGGUCCCUCCGGGUCACCUUUGCAAGCGGCAUGGAGAUCAGCCUCAACACUGAGCCGCACAUCCUCGCCGGUGCAGUUAACCCCACCUUGGGCAAGUGCAACAUCUCCCUGCCCGGAGAGCACAAUUCUAACGUCAUCGAGUGGCGGCAGAGGAAGGAGCAAACCAAAGGCAACAUGUCAGCAUUCGAAAGGAGGCUAAGGGCCCACAACAGAAACCUGCUGUCCAUAGACUUUGAUCACAUAACCCGCACAGGAAAAAUCUACGAUGACCAUCGGAAAUUCACUCUCCGGAUUCUUUACGACCAGACCGGUCGCCCAAUUUUGUGGUCUCCCGUCAGCAGAUAUAAUGAAGUGAAUAUCACAUAUUCACAUACGGGACUGGUAACUUACAUUCAAAGAGGUACAUGGACUGAGAAAAUGGAAUACGAUCAGGGUGGAAAGAUCAUUUCACGAACCUGGGCUGACGGGAAAAUAUGGAGCUACACUUACUUAGAGAAGUCUGUGAUGCUCCUUUUGCAUAGCCAGCGACGUUACAUCUUUGAAUAUGACCAAUCGGACUGCCUCCUUUCAGUCACCAUGCCCAGCAUGGUGCGGCACAGCUUACAGACCAUGCUUUCGGUGGGUUACUAUAGGAAUAUCUACACUCCUCCGGACAGUAGCACUUCUUUUAUCCAGGACUUUACCAGAGACGGAAGACUCCUCCAGACUCUUUACCUCGGGACGGGACGAAGAGUUCUGUACAAGUAUACCAAACAGUCUAGACUGUCUGAGAUUCUCUAUGAUACCACUCAAGUCACAUUCACGUAUGAAGAGUCUUCCGGAGUGAUUAAGACAAUACAUCUGAUGCAUGAUGGAUUUAUUUGUACCAUCAGAUAUAGACAAACAGGUCCUCUCAUAGGACGUCAGAUUUUCAGAUUCAGCGAAGAAGGCCUCGUCAACGCGCGAUUUGACUAUAGUUAUAACAACUUUCGGGUCACCAGCAUGCAAGCCGUAAUAAACGAGACCCCUCUGCCGAUAGAUCUCUACCGUUACGUCGACGUUUCUGGCAGGACGGAGCAGUUUGGAAAAUUCAGUGUAAUCAAUUAUGACUUAAACCAAGUCAUAACCACCACAGUCAUGAAACACACCAAGAUCUUCAGCGCCAACGGACAAGUCAUCGAAGUGCAGUACGAAAUCCUGAAGGCAAUCGCCUACUGGAUGACCAUUCAGUACGACAACAUGGGCCGCAUGGUCAUAUGCGACAUACGAGUAGGGGUGGAAGCCAACAUAACGAGGUACUUUUAUGAAUACGACGCCGACGGUCAGCUUCAAACCGUCUCCGUGAAUGAUAAAACCCAAUGGCGUUACAGUUACGACUUGAACGGAAACAUCAAUCUCUUGAGCCAUGGCAACAGCGCUCGCCUGACACCUCUCAGAUACGACCUCAGAGAUCGCAUCACCAGGCUGGGAGAAAUCCAGUAUAAAAUGGAUGAAGAUGGCUUUUUGCGACAGAGGGGAAACGACGUGUUUGACUAUAAUUCCAACGGGCUGCUACACAAAGCGUACAAUAAGGCUUCCGGAUGGAGCGUACAAUACUACUACGACGGGCUUGGGAGACGUGUCGCCAGCAAAUCCAGUCAGGGACAGCACCUCCAGUUCUUUUAUGCAGAUCUCGGCAACCCCAUCCGAGUCACCCAUCUCUACAAUCACACGAGCUCAGAGAUCACCUCCCUGUACUACGAUCUUCAAGGUCACCUCAUCGCAAUGGAGCUAAGCAGUGGGGAGGAAUACUACGUAGCCUGUGACAAUACCGGAACCCCACUAGCUGUGUUCAGUAGUCGAGGACAGGUGAUUAAAGAGAUCCUUUACACACCCUAUGGGGAUAUCUAUCAGGAUACUUAUCCAGACUUCCAAGUCGUCAUCGGUUUUCACGGGGGACUCUACGAUGCCCUCACAAAGCUGGUGCACUUGGGACAGAGAGAUUACGACGUCGUUGCCGGACGUUGGACGACCCCUAAUCAUCACGUGUGGAAGCAUCUGAACACCCUCCCUAAACCGUUCAACCUGUACUCAUUUGAAAAUAACUAUCCCGUCGGCAAAAUACAAGAUGUCACUAAGUACACCACAGAUAUUGGAAGUUGGUUGGAGCUGUUUGGUUUCCAGUUACACAAUGUGUUGCCUGGAUUUCCCAAACCAGAAAUAGAAAGUGUGGAAUUGACCUAUGAGCUUCUGCAGCUUCAAACAAAAACACAAGAGUGGGAUCCUGGAAAGACCAUCCUGGGCAUCCAGUGUGAGUUGAAGAAACAGCUUAGAAAUUUCAUUUCGCUGGACCAGCUUCCCAUGGCUCCCAGAACCAGUGACAGAAGGUGUGUGGAAGGAGGACAGCACCCCAGGUUCGCCGCCAUUCCAUCCGUAUUUGGGAAAGGCAUCAAGUUCGCCAUCAAGGACGGCACGGUGACCGCUGACAUCAUAGGAGUGGCCAACGAAGAUAGCCGCCGAAUCGCCGCCAUCCUUAACGACGCCCAUUACCUGGAAAACCUGCACUUCACCAUUGACGGACGGGAUACUCACUACUUCAUCAAACUGGGAUCUCUGGAAGAAGACCUGGCUCUCAUAGGUAACACGGGAGGGAGGCGGAUUUUAGAGAACGGCGUCAACGUGACCGUGUCCCAGAUGACCUCUGUGAUGAACGGGAGGACUAGACGCUUUGCAGACAUACAGCUCCAACACGGUACUCUGUGCUUCAACAUCAGGUACGGAACGACUGUGGAAGAGGAAAAGAACCACGUGUUAGAGAUCGCCAGACAGCGAGCCGUCACUCAGGCCUGGACUAAGGAACAGAGGCGGUUGCAAGAAGGGGAAGAGGGGAUCAGGGCCUGGACAGAAGGGGAGAAGCAACAGCUCUUGAGCACCGGGAGGGUACAAGGCUACGAUGGCUAUUUCGUCUUGUCCGUAGAGCAGUAUCUAGAACUUUCUGACAGUGCCAACAAUAUUCACUUUAUGAGACAGAGCGAAAUAGGCAGGAGGUAACAAAAAAAAUCUCUGCCUUUGCGUCACCAAAGACUGCCUGUUUUUAAAACAUAAAUAAGGUUUAUUGUAUUGGUUUUCUAGAUCAGAACUCUGUAUAUGUAAAUAUGGAGGAAAAACAUAUCUAACUGCCUUUCAAUGUGACAGAAGAUGGUAUUUUAAUAUUGUUUCUUUAAAGUGUUUGAGAAGCGAUAGGAAAGAUUUUUAGUUCUCGUGUGGCAGUAUUCAAAAUACCACAAGUACAGCUCAAAUGAUGAAAAAGACCAAGUUUUCGGAAAACACCACUCUAAAUCUGUCACGUCGGGUGUGUGUUGAGAUAAAGAGCAAAAAGAACCUGAGAAGGGUUCUAGUUACCUAUCAUGACAUGCUGUUUUAUAUUUCACAAUCAACCUAACUUGAAGACUAUUUCAAAAGUUUCCGGAAAGUCUUUGCCUUUCCAAAGACUGCCGGCCAUUUCACAUUUUACAGAGCCGUUACAGAAAACUUUAAAAGCGGUAAGAAAAUGUCCUCAGCCACCAUCUCUCUCUCUCUGAGUACAUUUCUCCCUACUCCCCAGAAGUUAACGCUAGGUCGUACUACCGAGCGCCGUCUCACAUCGUUUUUCCCCGGGCUCGGCACUCGUGUCCAUACGGUAGCAAAUAUCCGGCCGACUCCCUCUUUUUAAAAGAGUCCAGGUCGGAGCACGGCCUUCACCAGAAUGACCACGUGUAUCAGCAUUACAUAAACACAGACUCUCUCCAUUUAUUAACCUGCCUAAGAAAGCUCUCAUUUCUAUAGGGCAUCGCACCCGGUGAUGUGGUUCUUAUCGCUCGCAAGGUUUAACGUACUCAGAAGUAAUCCGCUUAAGAGGCUGACUGGGUAUGCACUUGAAAUAUCUGUACUAAGUGAUCAACACUAGUUAGGAACAGUAUCUGAGAACUAAAGCCUAAACACUAGACACGGUGCUCAGUCACCUACAUGAGUCGCCAUCUAUGGUGUAACUAUCGUACCAAAGGUACCGUGCAUCGCAACAAUUGGCUUCACGUGCUCCCACUUCCACAUUUUUCUUCCACACUCUGCAGCCAGUCACCGAACAUUUCCCAGCCCCGUCGAUGACAUGUAAAUGAACGAACUCAGAAGCCUCUCCGACCCCUGUAUUGCAACUAAAUGGUGGGGUGGACAGAGCCGUAGUCAUAAAUCAUUGAUUUAAUUAUCGAUUUAGUGUAUUUGUGCCCUCUGUACAAAAACUCCAAUUGGAGUGUUUCUAACGGCUGUCCACAUGUUCCAGGCAGUCCUCGAUCCCUCUCCCCUCCCCUACCCCCCAACUUCUUUUAAAAAAAUACCUUAACCUAGAUUAUACAAUCACAUUAAAGUUUUUUACAAGAGCCAAAUCAAGUGAAGACAAGGGUCCACGGACAGGAGAGAGAGAGAGAGGCUGUGUUCACAGGUCCCAUUUCCAAAGCCUUCAGGUUGGUGUCGAUUCCCGUUCCAUUCUCACACGGCUAUUCAAAAUGAGAGCAUUUUUGCUCUCUCCUCUGUGUCUUAACAAACUGCUAAUACAGACCAAUAUCAGUGGCACAGCAUUUCUUCCAGACGGAAGAGUAUCGUUUUUAACAGACCAACUUGUUGAGCAUUUGAAUACUACCACACCAGCCUAAAAUUGGACCUUCAGUUUGUAGAGGCUCUGAUGUUCUUUCAAGCAAACAAACAAACAAAAAACCUUACGAACUGUUAUAGCAAGUGCAUUCAUCGAUGUGAUGUAUUUUAUCACUGAUCCAAAUGUCAAUAUUAGAGUCUAUUUUACUUAUCGUUUAAGCAACUCUAGUUCUCUGCAAUUCACCGCUAUAUCAAACUGCUUUAAAUAUCCAUUAGAGACCGAUACGUGAAGCUUUUACUUAAUAGUAAUUACCUUGAACUGUGCAUUUCUGGUUUGUAAUACAUAUUUAGUUAGCUUGUGCCUUUGGUUUCUUAAAGUUAUAUUUGUAUUACAUUCAGGAAAUGCACUUUCUAUUACCUACAACGAUGGUUUUAAUACUGCCUUGAAAUACCACUUUUCUCUUUAUUGCCCCAAAAGGUUAGCAUUAACGGGUAGUAAUUCUGAGAGAGAUUUUUGGACAGUUCCAAAUGAGACUGCGGAGGUGUAUUUAACAUAUACAGCUCCCGUUCACAGGAAAAGGCGGACCACGCCUUCCUUCAUCGACCAUCCUUCCACAAUCUGAAAGAAGUCAAUCGCAUUCCACGGAAGCGUUAAACAAAUUAUUCGUCAGGCACGGGGAGGCCGUAGCUCCAAAGCCAAGCACCAUUCAUCCCAGCUACCGGGAGAGACCGUAGCCGGCCUCUCUCUCGUUUGAAAGAAAGGCCGAGACGGCAACUCAGUCUCCGUGUCGAUAUCCGCCGGGUGAUUUUUUUUUUUCCUUUCAGAAUGUCCUCCGCACUAAGCAUUUUUAAGGAUCCAAAUGGACGUCAGAGUCAAACAGGCAUCUAGAUGGUUAUUUUUAUGUUGCCAAUCUCAUGGCUAUGGAACAGCAGCAGCAUGACUCUUACAAAAAUGAGACUCAAAGUUUUAAUGUACACGUGACUUUGAAGGAAAAUAUUUACCGUGCUAAAAUAGGUAAAUAACAUUGCUUUACUGCCAAUUUAUCUAAGACAUCUAGACUCUCUCUUAUCUCUCUUUCUCUCUCUGUCUCUCUCUAUAUAUAUUCACUAUAUAAAAAUAUGUAACCUACACAAUGUAGACGAGUGUACAAAACUUUGUCAGUGCAUAAUUUGGUAUGCUAACUGCUUAGAUGGACAUCAAUAGACCUAACUUUCUGAUUUUUGUAAUGCCUAUCUUUUUAUCAUCAUUCAUACACAUCUUCUGGCAUUUCAUUAUUCUAUGCUGCUUUAAAAAAAAAAAAAAAAAGAAAGAAAAAAAAAAAAAAAAAGAAAUGUUCCUGGCCCUCACCUCACACCACCUCAGAAACCGUCAGAGCAGAGUGGUUUGUACUUGCACUGACGCGUUCAUAGAAGAUGGUGAGCGUAAAAAGGGUGUUGAGUGAUAUAUAGCUGUGGUAUCAAAACCGAGCACCGAGAGCUACUUAGUUUGUAAAAAAAAAAAAAAAAAAAUCUCAGUUUGUAAAAAACAAACAAACCAGCUGCCCUGUCUAGUAGUCCAUAUCUCAGACUGCUCUUCUAGAGCCCGCUCUAAGGUUCUAGAUUUGGGGAGCGGGGAGGGGAGGGAGAAAAUUCAACCACACGACAGUGACUUAUGUCAGAGUGUCCUUGAUAGAAAAGCUAUUUAGGACCAAAGUAUACAAGUAUGUGUAAAAGGAAAUCACUUCCUAACCAGUAACCGAAAAUACUUAAAGUUCAAUUUGCUGUGGAGUUUGUCUUGGCAAUUGUCAUCUUAUAUUAUUUGUCAAAGAAAAUGUGUUUGGCAGUAUCAAAUCUUUCCUUAGAUUUAGUGGUGGAUUUUAAGCUCUUAAGUAAAUGUUAGUAUAUCAGAUUGUGUCCUUGAAAAAAUAUUUUACUUGUAUGAACCUUGACGAUGUCUAAAUCUUCAUAUCCUUUGGGCGAGAGGUUCGCUGAGAAAGUCCAGCACGUAGCCUUUGUGUCACAAAAAUAAAUACUCUGUUUAGCUGCUUGCUUUCUCACGAAAAGUUAAGAUGUUUACAGUGUAGGCCAAGAGUUUCCGUUUUGAUAGGACAGAGUCCCCAUCGUGCCGAAGAGCGUUUUCCCAUCACUGGCUGGGAAAGGCUUGGGUCCCGCUUUGUAUUCCUGCUCUGAUGCCUGUGCUGCAAAGCGAAUGGAUACUGUACAGGUUCAUGUCUGGUGUGUGGCGAAAGUUCAACAGUCUUUUGCAUUUUGCUCUGGUUUUGAAGCCGGAAGCAUGCACUUUUCUAUGAGAGCAUCACGACAACGUGCUGUAAAUAUUUCCAGUUAAUAUUCUGUGUCGAUAUUUGAAAGGAGUAAUUUGAAUAUUUCAUUUGUACAAAAUAAAACAGCAAUCAUAA